AGCCGGUUCGGUCACUGCCAUGGGCCGCAAGGCAGAGGCCAGUGCGGGUCGGCCACAGCCCAGGCGCCGCCCGGACACUGCACCGCAGAGCGAAGGGAGCGAAUAGCAGUGCCCGGCUGUGCUGUACGUUGGGAUCUCACGUCGGGCGUGUCCGGUGUUGUUGUGUUGAAACCAUUUGGCAACCCAGGGCCGCUCAAGCGCCCGGCUCCCAGGGCUCCUGCACAAGGGGUGACUGGUCCCCUCUGCUCUCUUCCAGCCCACAAGGGGCUGCAGCACUUUGAGGCUGUGGAGCUGAGCUCGGACUCCAGCCCCUUCCUGGCCCCGCGGCAGCGAUUCCUGCUCCUGGAGAUCCUGGACAAGAAGCUGCUGCUCUACACCUACAACUGGUCCCCGGACCUGGGCAGCGCCCUGAGCGGCGCCCUCAGCCGCCUGCUGCAGUGGCAGAACGCCCGCUCCCACGUCGUGCACUGCCUGCUCAGCCAGAAACUGGGGCUCUUCCACCACGCCUGCUCCCUGGACACGCCCUGGCACGAGGACAGCAAGCAGGAGCCCAACCCCUUCCUGAACUCCACCCUGGAGGUGGAGGCCCUGAUCCGGAGCGCCAGCCCACCCCCCAGCAAGGAGCACGGCCGGCUCAGCAGCUCCGCCCGCAGCCUGCCCGCCCUGCACUUCCCGCCCGACAUGGUGCCCUUCGACGAGGCUCUGCGCGACGUCACCACCCGCAAGGGCGUCCCCCUGGGCCCCGCGCCGGGCCCACGCGACCCCGUGGCCUGGCACGGUGCCCAGUUCCUGGAAAUCAAGAGCCUGGAGCGGAAAGAGCUGGAGAAGCAGAUGAAGAUUGAGAAUCUCUUCGUGACGUGGCAGCAGAGGUCGGCCCAGUCCAACAUGCCCAUCAGCCUGGCAGACCUGGAGACGCU